UUGAGAUUUUCCUACUAUUUUACAUUCGUUUUGUUCGGGUACAAUUGCAUCAAAUACGGGCAAAUCAGAUUCAAGCCUCUCGAUCAUACAAAUCGAGCCAUCAGUCUGAAGCACCGAAGAAUCGAAAACUCCCUCGAAACCCCUCAGCUGCGAACCUCCCUCCGCCGUGCCUUGCCGCUGUUCGGGGUCCCCGUAACGGCCACACGGUUGCUUAAUCGGCCGCAGACCUUACCACCCACUUUCCACCCGACGAGCCGGCAAACACCGAGACCACAACCAGACGCCUUCAACCACCGCCACCCACCACCGUCCGGACCAGCAGCCUCACCAUCAACAGCCGCGGACCAUUUUUCUACCGUAAGCCUCAAGCUGAGAUCCGUCGAAGCUCGAGCAGGUUCGUCGGCGCCCGUUCAUCAUCCAGCCGGAAAUGGCCCGUUCCUUCAGAUACAGGCCGCCCUUGUCGUGUCGGUCCUCGCCGUUUCGAAUCGCCGCCGCCCUCUGCUCGCGAACCUCCACCGAAGGCCAUCAUUCUCCGUCGCAACACCGCCGCAGAGUCCCCAACAGCGCUUGUCUGCCCCGCCGAACCGCAGCGAGCUGCCGCUGCAACAAACCCGCCGGCGCCCGCAUAGCAGCGAGCCGCCAUCGCCAGGAGUUCCGUCCACCAAUUCCGUCAAUUCGCGCGCGUCCGUCGGAUUUCACGGAUCUGAGAACAUUAAUUGGAUUGAGGGGAGAAGCGAGAUGAGGAAAGGCAGUAAAGGAGAAAGAAAACGACGGGAGAAGAAAAGAAAAGGGGAAGAAAAGAAAAAGGAAAAAGAAAAUGGAAAAUAA